UAUUUAAGUGACAGUCAAUCAAACAAAUCAAUCACUCAUUCAAUCAGUGUUUCACUUAUUUUCCAUUCAAUUAGUGUUUCAAAAAAAGUUUAACAAAAAAAACACUAAAUUUUUUAAAAAAUAUUUAUUGUUUUGUGUUUUCACUUCAUUACUAAUAAUAAUAAUAUUUAAAUCACUAAUUGUGUCAUCAAUUUAUAAUGGGAUCAAUUGAAGCGAUAAGUUUGUCAUCGAUGGUAAACAAUAUGAGUUUAAGAAGCAAUGAUUUCACGAGAAGACAAUCGUUUGAUCGUUUCGGCGAUGAUUUGUCACAACUAUUGUUGUCUUAUCUGCCGUUUGAUGACAAACUAAAACUUGAAUCGGUGUCCAAACAUUGGCAACGACUGAUAUCAUUGACUAUCGAUGAGCUAAUAAUUGACGGAAAAUUUAACGGAAAGUCUGCCAAAACUAUUGAUAGACUGUUGAAAAAGUGGUCAAAUAUUUCAUGUAUUAAAGUCUCCUAUAGUUAUCGUUUGUUAACUUAUAAUACACUACUAUUGCCAUCCAUUCGCCACAACUGUCCAAAYCUGAGACACAKUUAUUUGGAUACUUAUCGCUAUCACGACUACAACAAACACUUGAAAAGAUCGAUGAAAAUCAAUAAUAAAUUUUUCAAAGUAUUUGACAAACAAUUGCUAACAAUUCAUAUGAGACAUACUUAUUGGGAUCAACUGUACGAUGUAUUGGGUGAUAAUCUUCACGGCUGUACAAACAUCGUGUCAUUUAAUUGUAGUACAGCUGUGGGUAACGACUAUAAAUCAGUGCCACAAUUAUAUCGACAAUUAUUGUUGACUACWAGUAGUGGUAGUAUUGAACCGUCGAUGAUAUUCAAGAAUUUAACAAAACUUGAGAUCAAUAUCUAUGGCAAAGUAAUGGUUGAUAUCUUCAAUGAUAUUGUCCGACAAUAUGGCCGACGAUUGCUUGGAUUGACUGUUGUAUUCAAUAAUAUCAAUUAUGUCGUCGACUUUGCCGCAGUUAUGUCUGGUUUGUCACAAAUGACACAAUUACAGGAUUUACAGAUCAAAGUAAUUGGAAAUCAGUGGACACAAUUCGCUGAACUUUGGCCACCAAUUGGUCAAAACUGUUGCCAAUUGAAUCGGUUGACAAUUGUUAUCAAAUAUUGUUUUCAGGAGAAGAAAUCUGAUUUUAGUUUAUUGGAUAUAAUUUCAAAUAAUAAUAACUCUAAACAUUUAAAGCGAUUGUCAUUGUAUUCAACAAAUGAUUUGAUUAUAUCAAACAAUCAUCGGAUGAAUGGACUCAAACUGUUAACACAUUUGUCAAUCAAUUAUAAUUAUCCCAUUUAUUAUAAUUAUUAUAAUUAUGAUUAUUAUAAUUAUUCAAAUCCUAUAUCGACGACAACCGAUCACUUAAUCGAUAAUAUUGUCGCUAACUGUCCGCGACUUCAAUACUUGAAAUCAAACGGUUAUCGCAUCGAUUCACAGACAUUGAAAUCAUUGCAACGAUUACGACAAUUGCGUUCAAUUGACUUAAACAAUGUCGACGACAAUGAUAUUGAUUUGAAUCCAAUUAAAAGUAUGGAUAAAAUUCAGAAAAUUAUUAUUAAUGGACAUAAAGUAGUAUAA